CUCCUCUCACUCCAACCCUGCUCGCCUCUCAGCUGGACAGUCAGGGACAUUUACAGCACACACUGACAACAUGCUGUGGACUCUGCUCACUCUCAUCACUGCUCUAACAUAUGUUGAUGCAGUGAUCGUGCUGACCCAGACGCCUGCUGUCCUCACAGUUUCUACAGGACAAGAGGUCGUUCUCAAAUGUAACAUCCAGAGAGAUGACAACAGAUAUGUCUCCUGGUACAAACAGGUUCCUGGUGGAGUUCCUCAGUAUGUUCUGAGAUUUUAUCACUCUCACAGUUCACCUGAUGAGUAUGGAUCAGGAUUCUCCUCAGACCGAUUCAACUCCAAAGCCUCAUCAAGCAUAGAUUAUCAGUUCAUCAUAAAGAGAGCAGAGACAGGAGACACUGCUCAGUAUUUCUGCAGCACAUGGGAUAGCUCUGCUUCUGAAGCUGUAUUCGGACAAGGAACCAAGCUGAUUGUGACAAGCUCCAGCCUCCCUCCUCCUGUCCUCACAGUCUUCCCUCCGUCCAGCGCUGAGCUCCAGUCCAACAAAGCCUCUCUGGUGUGUCUGUCCUCUCAGUCCGUCCCAUUUGCAGAUGUGGUCUGGUUGUCUGCUGGGAGUCCAGUGAGCGCUGGGAUCUCUACCAGCACAGCUGUUCAGCAACCAGACCAGACUUUCCACAUCAGCAGCUCUCUGUCCAUCCAGAUGUCAGACUGGAGCAUGGACAAGGUUUACACAUGUCGAGUGUCUGUGGGCUCCCAGAGCUCAGAGAAAACCAUCAACAAGUCCCAGUUUACCACUGAAGAAUAGUAGAGGAGCAGAGGGAGCAUUUCUAAUCUGCUUCUUUACUCUUUGUGCUGUUUGCUCAUUACAAGGUUCACAUGCUGCUAAAGAUGAGUCUGCAUGCUUGGAAUAAAUGUUGUGACAGUUAGGUGGAGGUGUUGGAUCGGCUUUGCAAAUGCUGCUUUUCUCAAGAAAUACUCAAUAAAAAAUAUAAAACCCUC